CUUUUGAUAAAACAUUAAGUGCUAUUUUUGUGACUUUUGACCUUGAGUGGAACAAAAACUUGAUUUAGUGCUAUUUUUGUAUUUUUCUCAAUAAUUAUUUCAAAAAUAUAAUUAACCAAUUAUUUGAUUCAGUUUCCAUAGUAACCAUCAAUUAAUAUAAAUAAGCGGGAAGAGUAGUACACAUGCCUCGAACACACAAAAGCAGAGCGCUAAAAGAAAAUAUAAAUACGAAACUGAGUGAAAUCUCAUUAGACGUUAAUAUUUCGCUCUGAUUCUUCUUCUUCGUCGUCUUCUUGUGUCGACCUAUAAGUACUCUUCUCACUUUCUCUCGUACGCCUCUCUCUCUCUCUCUCUAUCACUUUCUCUAGUCUAAGAUCGCUAAAGCCGACUUGCUGGGUUUUGCUUCUUCUUUCGAUGGAUGGUACGAUAGGCUCCAAAGGUCUCGUCAAAAAGACCGAGCUCGUUAGGAUAAUCACAGAUGCACUCAUCUCCCUUGGUUUCAACGGCAUUGCUGCCGAUUUAGAGAACCAGUCUGGCGUUAAUCUCCUCGAUCCUACUAUCAAGCACUUUCUCGACCUAGCAGAGCGUAAAGAAUGGCACAACUGCAUUACACUACUACAGGAAGAGGGAUUACAAGUGCGUGAUGAAAAGGUUGCGAGAUUCUUGCUACUAGAGCAAACCUUUCUUGACUUCUUGAAGGAUGAUAACCUUGAUGAUGCACUGAACACUUUACAGGAAGAGAUGACGCCUCUCGGUGUUAAAAGGAGGCGCCUUGAAAAGCUUCCCUCCAAAUUUGUGUUUCCAGAUUCUGGUGAAGAGAGGUUCAUUGAGGUUAUGAGGAAACUGCAAAAAGUGUUUCCUCCUGCAGCUAUAGUGCCAGAAGGGAGGUUGGUGCGUCUCUUAGAAGAGUCACUUUAUCAUCAGAUGAGGGACUGUGAUUACCAUAAUGCUCCUGAUACUGAUAUGUCCCUAUGCUUUGAUCAUUGCUGUUGGAAAUCUAAAAUUCCUUCCAAGGCUGUUCAGACAUUGGUGGGACAUACUGAUGAGGUCUGGUUCUUGAAAUUCUCAAAUAAUGGCAAAUACUUGGCUUCUUCUUCUAAGGAUAACACAGCAAUUAUAUGGGAGAUCAAUGCAGAGGGAGGAGCGUUUUCGAUGAAGCAUAAACUUGAGGGACACGAGAAGCCAGUUGUAGAAGUCUCAUGGAGUCCAGAUGAUCAACAAGUCAUCACAUGUGGAGAAAGCGAAGUCAUCAAGCGCUGGGACGUUGGUUCAGGACAGUGUGUUCAAACCUGCGGAAGAGAUGAUGUUGGUUCCAUUUCUUGCGGAUGGCUUCAUGACGGUUCGGGUAUAAUUGGCGCGAUGGCAGACAGGCGGAUCUACUUGUGGAACUUAGAUGGGACUGAGAUAGAGCACGAGCAAGGGCAAAGGGGACAGAAGAUUUCUGAUGUAGCCAUGACGAGUGAUGGGAAGUGGAUUGUAAGCGUGGGAAGGGAGCAGAAUGAGAUCUCAUUGUUUGAUAGAGUGACUAGAGGUGAGACGGUGAUUCAAGUGGAAGGCAUGGUUACCUCGUUCUCGCUUUCGAGAGACGACAAGUAUCUUCUAGUCAAUCUCAUUACGCAGGAGAUCCACGUCUGGAUGAUUGAUGGCAGACGGGAACCACGGAGGGUUUACAAGUUCAGUGGCCACAAGCGUAGUAGGUUUGUUAUCAGGUCUUGCUUUGGUGGCUAUGAUGAAAAUUUCAUCGCCAGUGGGAGUGAGGAUUCUCAGGUAUACAUAUGGCACACAGACUUUGAGAGGGGACCUUGUUGUGUAUUGCCAGGACACGGAGGAGCUGUGAACUGUGUGAGUUGGAACCCCACUGAUAUUCAUAUGUUGGCCUCAGCGAGUGACGAUAGAACUAUCCGGAUUUGGGGACUUGACUUGGAGUGAUGAUGGCUUAGCUGCAAGUUUGAUAUUCAUUAUGUGCAUAGGAUAUAUACCUUUUAAGUGUGUCUCUUGUUUUCAUUUUCACCCUCUUGAUGUUUUUUUGCUUCCCUGGAGUACAAUAGAGAUAAUAGCAGAUGUUUGAUUACUAAUCGUGAGACACAGAAGACACAAAAAAUAUGCAUUUGAGAACA